AUGAAUCUGGCACAUCACAAUGCCCAUCACGGAUGCAGAGCUUGCAUCUCGUAUGGUGCAAGAGAUUCAAGCACGACUUGUAUUGUGAAAAGAGAUGGACCGUCACUGUUAAGAACAGAAGAGAGUUUGCACCAGUCUGUUGGAGGUAUGUAUGGCGUCAAAGGGCCCAACAUCUUCAAGGACUUGCCCACAAUAACCAGUACUGCUUUCUUCAGACUGGAUGAGAUGCACCUUCUAGGUCACGGUACAGGCCAGCAGUUGUACGUUGCACUUGGAGGAAAAUUCUGCCCACGAUCAAUGACGUUGAAACACCAUGGAUACCCGUUUGCCCUGGAUGUCAGUCUGGAAGAUAUCAACAAAGCAAUUUGUGCAUCCAGAGCCAAUAUACCAGCCAAUUUCACAGGAAUGUGGAGAUCCUUGAAGGAAUUCAAUGGCAAGAGGAAGGCUGUUGAUUGGAUAGACUUCCUUUUGUUUGUUGUUCCAAUGAUUGUCAUCAAUCAUUUCGUUUUUGAUCAUACAAAAGCAGCAGUGAUGAACCUUGUUACUGCAUACAGAAUUGCCCAGCAGUGGAGAACCACUGCUGCCAAUAUCCAAGAAGCAGAGGAGGCCAUUGGUCACUGGCAUGCCUUCCUCUGUUGUGAGAUUGAAGAAAAGAGGCUGAAGCCUACAGUUUUCGUGAUGAACCAGCAUAUGCUGGUUCAUCUUGGCUAUAUGAUGUGGGAGAUAGGCUCUCUGUGGGCAUACAGUUGUAGGCCAACCAAAAGGACAAUUGGUGUCUACAGCAUGGCAAUCAAGUUGAGAAAAAGGACCAGCAACUUUGAGGUUGCAAGUAACAAUGUUGCUGGUCCUCAACUUUGGUCCAGGCCAACUCAAAGCUCUCUGGCUGAGUUGGUUGCUGCCAUUGGCAUAGAGUGCCAGAACUUGGUCCGCAGUUUGGUGCCUUUCUGGGCAAGAGAAGGCAUUGUUUCCUUUGAGGAAAACGAUGAAGUGGUUUGCGCCAACAAGAUGUGGAAAGACUUGGUGAUCUAUAGAGUCCGGUCCUCUGUUGACAGCAGGAAUGGUCAAGCAAACAAUCUUGCUGUGCUUGACAAUGCCAGGGAGUAUGGAUUUAUUCUUAAAUUCUUCUCCCAAACUGUCAACAGAGUGACCAGACUCUUUGUGGCCAUUGACUGUCUUUCCGAUGUCCAACGCGUGAACCAGGAUCUUUUCCCUGUCUGGGAUAGCCUGGCACCUGGUGUGGUGAAGGUGGUAGACGUGAAGUCUAUCAAGGGGAUUGCUGGCCUCAUACACGACCCAAACAACAAAGCCAUUUGGCGCAUUAUCUGGCUUUUGCCAAAAUACAACCAAUAG